AUAAUUUUCCAACAAAAAUCAAUUAUGUCAUCACAAUUUACAUUUAUAUGAUCCAUAUCAAAAUUUUAAUCCAUAUCCAUUAAUCUAAGAGCAUAUAUAUAAGCUAAAAUAAAAUCAUAAAAUUGAUAAUGUUAGUAAUCCUCACAAAUAAAAAGAUAAACAUCUACAGUUGAAUUCUCCUCUCUCUUUCUAAUGGCAGAUCAAGGAAAGCAGGCUGAGAUCUUUGAACUCGACAAUGGCUCAAUGCAUGUCAAAAUCUCAAAUUAUGGCUGCACAAUCACUUCUUUAUCAAUCCCUGACAAAGAUGGUAAACUUGCGGAUGUUGUAUUGGGAUUUGACUCUGUCGACCCUUACCUGCAAGGAGCUGGAUCAUAUUAUGGUUGCAUUGUCGGUCGUGUUGCAAAUCGAAUUAAGAAUGGAAAGUUUACACUAAAUGGAGUUGAGUGCUCUUUGCCUGUGAACAACCCCCCAAAUAGUCUCCAUGGUGGCCUUAAGGGAUUUGACAAGCAAAUAUGGGAUGUAGUUGCAUACAAGAAAAACGACACUCUCUCCAUUACCUUUAAGUAUCACAGUCGUGAUGGCGAGGAAGGUUAUCCUGGUGAUCUUUCUGUGACUGCGACAUAUACUCUUACUUCCAAGACAACCAUGAGGCUAGACAUGGAAGCUUUGGCUGAGAACAAGGCGACUCCGGUCAAUCUUGCUCAACAUACAUAUUGGAAUCUAGCAGGGCACAAUUCAGGCCCUGUGCUUGACCAUCAUAUUCAAAUAUGGGCAAAUCACUAUACCCCAGUUGACGAGAACACAGUCCCAACCGGAGAAAUUGUUCCAGUUAAAGGCACACCAUUCGAUUUCACUUCAGAGAAGAGGAUCGGUCAGGAUAUUGAUAAAGUUGGCAUGGGCUAUGAUCACAAUUAUGUGCUUGACUGUGGGGAUGAAAAGACAGGAUUAAAACACGCUGCUAAAGUCAGGGAACCUUUGAGCAAAAGGGUCCUUGACCUCUGGACUAGUGCCCCUGGCAUGCAAUUCUACACUGCUAACUAUGUGAAUGGAGUCAGUGGGAAAGGUGGAGCUGUUUACAACAAACAUGCUGGACUUUGUCUCGAGACACAAGGAUUUCCGAACGCCAUUAACCAACCAAAUUUCCCUUCUGUUGUUGUUGAACCUGGUAAAAAAUAUCAGCACAGCAUGCUGUUUGAGUUCUCGAUUGCAUAGAAUGUGUUUUGCAGGUUCUGUUUUAGUAGUUCCUAAAUAAUGUCCCACCUGUGUAAUGGCUUGCAGAUCUGUAAUAAAUGAAUCAUGUGUGAUUUUAUUAUCCUUUCGUAUUCCAAAUUUGCCUUGUGUAAUACUUUUCGUAGUUUGUAAAUUGUACUGAUGCUGAUUUAAUAAGAUUAAUCUGCAAAAAAUUACUAUA